AUUCACUCAGGUACGCGGGCGUCGCCCGUGUAUCUAUGGGCGAGAAUUUCGCCGUAUCAACGUGUGUCUUGAAGCAAGCCUUUGCUACGUCGUAGAUUUCCAUGGCGUCAGUUUAUCACGGAGCUCCGCGGGUUUAUCCGUCUCCGUCCGACUGGACGGUUUCGGAGUUCAUGGCGGAGUACGAUAAUCUGAGUCGAUGGUUGGCCGAUAUUUAUGGAGCGAUUUUUGGAAAUGAAUGCAAACUUGCGCCGGAAUCAGUGCGACUGACGGAAGCUGUUGCCUUGAGCCAGCAGGCUUCGCGGAGAGACACCUUUGUUCUUCAAGGAAAAAAUCUUCUUGUUACACAUCCAAAGCACCGCGAGGAAGUUCAGCUUAGGUUGGACCAAUUGCAAAGCAAGUGGGACACGCUAGACCAGACUUUAAAUCCUCCAUCAGGAUCAAAACGGCUGCCUACCCGGAAUUUGCCACUCGAAAAGGAUCCUUCAGUGCAAGUGAAACAUCUUCGAGAUUGGUUGAUCAACAUGGAAGAUAAGCUACGAGUCAUGAGCAAAAGUUUGAUGGGGGAAUCACUGAACGCUUUGGAACAAAAGCUUCGGCAUCAUGCGGUAAUUCAAGCGAGCAUCCAGUCUCAAGGAACAGCAAUAUCGGCUUUGCUGAAACUGUGUGAAGCAUCGCCGGAAAUCAAAUCAACUCCCCCGCGGGAUUAUGCUGAUGACUCCAUUACAGAAAGUUUGGAUGGCGAAGAGAUGCUACUAUUUCAAAGACCCAUGUCGCCGAAGGACAUUUCUGCUUAUCGUUUAGCUGCUACAACGUUGGAACACCGCUGGCAUCGCUUAUGGCUUGAAUCACUUGAGCUUCAGUGUGUUUUGGAAGAACGAAUUAUGAAGAUGAACAAAGGUGGUCCACCGUCACAUCGUUGGAGCGGCAGUGAUAGAGACGAAGAGCCAGUGACGAAAUAUCCGCGUCUUUUCGUUGAAGAUCAAGGUUCUCAGUGUUCGGAUCAACCGGAGAACGAUGAAGACGACGAUGUGAGCGUGGAAGUUGACUUUAUGGAGGACGUUUUUGAAGUGACGAAACAGGUGGACAAUGAUGCCAAGAAUCAAAGAAAUGGAGUGUAUUCGACGGAAAAGCCCGCGGUUGAAGAACACCCUGUUGACGUUUUAUCUGACGGUAUUCAAAAAGACAGCGUACAGAUUGACAAUAGUCCAGGAGAAUUGUGUGGAGCCUUAUGGACUGGUCCGAAUAGCGCAUCUUUUCAUUACAAAGUGCCGGAGGCAAAGGGAGAUGACAACACCAAGGUUUGCCCUGUUCUACCUUCUCAACGCUCCGAUCGAUUCACGAAUGCACCUGGACCAAAACUUGUUGCCCGUGUUAGUCCACAACGACGACUUCAGCUUGACGUCAGUUUUGAUGAAGAAGACUUGAAGGCUGCUGCCCGGAAGAUGGAAAAGGAUUGGUGGCUCGCUUCGAGUUCUGAUUCCGACUGGCUGAAUACCGAAGGACUAUCUGACAGUGAUGGCAGUGGUUGGGGUUGUGAAGAACCGGUAAAACAUGCCGGAGAUGAAGACAUACAGCCGCCGAAGAUCCCGAGGGUAAAACCCGACGGAAGCAAGCGUCCUCACAGAGCGUGCAGCAAGCACUCCAUCCAUCGAUUGGUGAACGCCGCCGAGGAAAUGGUGCGACAAGAAGGGGCGAGUUUUAUGGUGGUUCCGAGUAGCGUGGUUAGGCCGACGAGAGGGCUCAUUUUGCGUAUGGGCACCAGCGGGCGGGAUUCGGCAGGAAAUAAGGCUGAUCGCAUCGCCGCUUGGCUGGCGUCUCAACCCGCAGAAGCCCGUGUGAACCACCCACUGGACAUCAUUGUCAAACCCGGCACCUUGAACGACUCUCAGGUGACCGACAGCUGCGACGCAAGUGGCGAAUACACAACGGACGACUCACCGUCGGAACAUUCGGAUUCCGAGUCGGAAGGACGGAACAGCAGCGUCGCCACUUGCCAAGCGCAACAUAAUGUAUUGGUUAGGGUUGGGGAUUCAGACCUCGACACGCCCGUGGUUGAAUGGCUACCCAGUUUUUCCGUGCUUUCCGGAGCAGAAAGCUCGUUGAAGACCCCGACGAGAGAAAAGAAACCCGCUUUUGUCGACGCGCCAGCGUCAGACAACAAGCGUGUUCAGAAGGCGUCGAAAGAAAGCUCUCUCAAACUGCCGCUUGAGAGAUCGUGGAAAUCCAGGUCUGAAGGUUGUCUUGACCCGGAUUCGGCGAACGUUUGCAAAAAAUGCAAAAAUCGUGGCGUGCACGUGAAGCUCGUCAAGCGGCGGAAGAAACAAGAUUUGUCCAAUUCCAGACGGAAGUACAGUUCGUCUUCCUCGUCGCGAUUGCGACAUGGAUCGUGUUCGAUUAGUACUCCGGAAUUGAGUGUUCGUCACCGGAUCCGAGUGUUGAAAAGCCCGGGACACGCAAGGAGAGACCUCAUCACUUUGGCGACGCCCAGCAGAAUCAAGGACGAAUGCCGAGCCAGGGGCAAGCGUCAACGAGGAUCUCUGCAAAAGUCAAAAUCAUUCUCUGGACGUGAGAAGAUGAGAAUGUGUGAAGAUGAUGACGUGAACGGAGCGGCUGAAACGUGGCCGGGUCACGGUUCAUCGCCGGAGCUUGUUGACAUCUUGCCGGCGCUGACGUUGGAACGCGACGCUGGCAUUGAAGCAGCGUUGUCACACGUCGAAGAGACGAGCUCAAUGUCGGAACAGGCCUGGGAUCCCUAUCAGGUCCCCGUGUUCAUUGACGAGAAUUACAGCGAAAGUGGGAUGGAUCCGGAAGCAGUGAGGAAACUGCUGGACUGGGAUGAUUACCGCAAUUUCUUGGAUAGUUUGUCGGACGCCACGUCGUCUGCUGCUCCUCGUCGCCGACGUGGGAACGGCAGUGGCGAAAAGUGUCCGCCACGUUCAACGAGAAAGAAGAAAAAAUCACGGUCGUCGCAAAGCAGUGAAGCUUCGAAAGAGUCGGAUUCGGAGGACGACCACCGGCUGGUGCGCAAAGCGUCGGCUUUGCUCCUGGCUGCAGCAUCUAGUCAAGACAGUCGAGCAUCUGUCGACCCAUGUGCCACUACCUCAAUCAACUGCCAAAUCAUCGAAGGAAACGAAGAAGUAUUUUUCCAGUCAUCGGAAAAUGGCGGAACAAGUCUUUCUGCGGACAACGAAGAUGCAGACGAAACAUUGAAUUUUGAAGCGAUUGACAAACUAGACUCGACACAAAAUUCGACAGGGGUGGUCCAAUGUGAAGAAAAACUCGAGAUCGAUCAACAGAUGGACAGUCUGAAACAUGAAAUGAUUGGGUUUGAAUUGCAACUGAAGAGUAUUUUAUUUGACAAGGACGUCGAGAAUCCGAGUGAUCUGAAACAGCUCAUCAUUUUAUUACAGGCUUUUCUACGCGAGAUGGGGAAUCAAAAGCACCGAUUGCUCGACGUGAACAUCGUUGUUCAUUCUGUGGUAACCACUGCUUCCGAACAAGGAUGUGCGAGUGACGAUAAGAAGAAUCAAUGGAAAAAUCUCGUUGAUGUCGUCUAUCAACAAUGGGAUGACCUGGAGCAAAGCGCGAUGAAUUGGCUCCUGCGACUUCAACGGGCCUCUGAAGACUGGCAUGUGUGGGAGCGGACUUUCAGUGCUGUGGAAUCCCACCUUGCUUCCGGUCUGGGCCACACCAAAACUAACGUCGGCGUCAACAGGACGGAUGAUCCCAGGACCGACCCUGGGAAGCUGGUGACCAUUGUACCUGAGCGAGUUGAAGUAGGUAAGAGUGGCGGCGGAACGGCGGCGUUUGGUGUCUUAUUGGGAUUGGAAAAGGAUGACGGAGAGGCGCGGUUGACGGCAGCUGGUGUGGAUAUGGUGGCUCAGGUUUCCAGCGAGUCGAAUCUCCUUCAACAGAAGGGUGUUGGAAUGGCGGGGACGUUGCGGGAUUGCGAAGACAAACUUUUGAGCUUGAAUCAUUUGAGCGCUCAAAUAGCUGCAGCUUUGCCUGGUGGCCCGAAAGCCGCCUUGAAAUUUGUCGAGGAAACUUUUCGUAUCGGGGUCACUGUGCAAGAACUGCGUCAUUCUUUCGAAGACGUCAAGGUCGUGAAUAAUGUUGGCAGCGAAAACAUCAGAGUACAAGGCGUGCGGGGACUACAGGCGGCUGAAAUUUCAAUAUCAGAAAAAAGAGAGCGACGGAAAAGAACAGGAUUGCUUCUUUUUUCCUCCGUCCUGUUCCAAGUAUCGAUUUUGUUUCUUCUGUGCGUUGCCUUCCUUAUUGAGCCGCAUUGUUGCGACGCGGGAGCGAGGAAGUGGCGGUGGUGUUCCUUGGACACCCUCUUGAGUUACGAGGAUGGACGGCCGCCUUCCUGACGCCAGGUAUGAGCUUGCGGUCGUGUGCCGUAUGUUUUCCGUCUUGUGCCUCAGUGAGUCAAACGAUGCCUGCCAAACGUUUUGUGGAAACUUUUUGCUCUGACAUUGAUCCCGAUAUUUUUUGGGCUUCAUUUUGUAACAAAUGCUCUUCUGCGGAUAUUUCGUUGCUGUGAGGAAGAUUUUUUUUGUGGUCAAGUCGUUGGAACUCAUGUGGUGCGAACGGGACUUCCGAAGUCCUCGGAUUUGUAUUUUAAAUCAGGAUUGUCUUUGAAUCGAAGUUCUCAUGUACGUUUUAUUUCAAGCAAUGAUUAAGGCAUGGAAGUUACAUUUUAGCUCUCUGCUGGUUUUGGAAUGAUGAAGUAUUGUGACAAAUAUACCGCAGCUUCUUGUUGUCAAA